AUGUCGGUCGGCUCCAGUUUCAAGGAAUCGUGGUGUGGGAAGGCGCAUCUUGGAUGCAGCGACAUGCGAGUCGUCUUUCAAGGUAGCAGAAGCGUCGCGAGCAGGAGCACUCGGACGGCGGGCAAGGGUCUGCUGGUGCAGGCGUCAUUUAUGGGCGUGGGCGCGCCUGAAGCCCUCGUGAUCGGCGUCGUCGCGCUCCUGGUCUUCGGACCCAAGGGUCUGGCCGAGAUGGCUCGCGGCGUGGGCAAAACUUUGAAGACGUUUCAGCCAACGAUUAGGGAGCUCCAGGAGGUGUCCCGGGAAUUCAGGGACACGCUUCAGUCAGAGAUCGGAAUCGACGACAUCAGGAACCCACCGCCUCCUCCCCCCACCCCCGUCGCUGCUCCUCCUGCUGUACCGCCCACUCUUUCUGCCGCUGCCCCCGCUGCUUCUCCCGCCGCUGCUCCCGCCGCCACCGCCGCGUCUGCCGCUGCCCCGAAUGUCACAAUCAUCCCCAAGGAGUUCUCAGCUGAUGACGUGGCGAAGGUGACAGAGCAACAGCUGGCGGCAGCCGCCACGCUCAACACAGUCACGGACGACAUGAAGAAAGGUGAGGGCCCGCGGGGUUGUCAUGCGGCUUCAAGAAGUAUGAAGACGGAUGAGGGGCGUGUGAUGGACUGUGACGCAGCUUUUGACUGUGACAAAAGCUGGGCUCUUGUUGAGUGGGUUCUUAUCAUGGUGGGGUGGCCAGUCCAGAGGUGCAUGAUUGCAACGUUCUUAUCAUACACUACUCGCUGCAUUUGA